AUGCCAACCCAAGUGAGCUCAUCGAUCCCUUUAAUGGUCGAGAAGAAACUUUCCGAAAUGGUGAAACCCUCAAAAUCCAUACCUUAUCAAAUCCUUUCCCUCUCAACACUUGACAAUGAUCCUUUCGAUGAAGUUACUUACAAGAUGUGUUACGUUUUCAAACCCAAGAACGUUGAUGAUGAUGACCGACCGGAAUCUCUGCUUAGGGAGGCUUUGUCCGAUCUUCUCGGCUACUACUACCCGCUUUCAGGGAGUUUGAAGCGUAAGGAGAGUGAUCGGAAGCUUCAGGUAAGCUGUGGCGGCGAUGAGGGCGGCGUGGCGUUCACGCAGGCUACUGCAAAUGUGGAACUCUCUUCUUUGGAGAAUCUAGAGAACAUUGACUUAGAUACGGCCUUGAAGUUCUUGCCUGAGCUUCAAGAGGACAAAGAUGGUUAUCGACCUUUUGCUUUGCAGGUGACCAAAUUCGUGUGUGGAGGAUUCGUGUUAGGAAUAGCUUCAUCGCAUGCAAUGUUUGAUGGAUAUGGCCUGGGUCAUACCAUGUGUGCCUUGGCGGAGUUGGCUGGCGAGCACAAAAAACUGACGGUGACACCGAUUUGGGAAAGAGAGAGACUUGUGGGGAAGCCUGAAAUCGAUCGACCUCCCUUUGUUCCCGGUGGAGCCACGGCUGCUUCGCCCUACUUACCUACCGAUGAUUGGGUAACUGAAAAAAUAAAUAUCAGAGCCGGGAGCAUAAGAAGAUUGAAAGAAGCUGCAUUGGAAGUGUAUGACUUCUCUAACGAGACACCCACUACUUUCGAAGUUUUAAGUGCUUAUUUAUGGAAGUCAAGAGUCAAAGCUCUAAAUCUUAAUAAAGAUGGAGUCACAGUUUUGGUUUUUUGCGUGGGAAUCCGAAACGCUGUGGAUCCUCCUUUGCCCGACGGAUAUUACGGCAAUGCGCACAUUGAUAUGCAUGUGCCCUUAACCGUAAGAGAAGUGAAAGAAUUCGAGAUUUCAGACAUCGUUAAGCUCAUAAAAGAAGAGAAGAAGAAGGCUCAUGAUACAAAAUUUCUCAAAGAAGAGCUUGCGAACCUGGAAAAUGUACUUCAAAUGAACUUAACCAUCAAAAGAAACAGAGAUGGGUUAUUGUUUUUGACAGAUUGGAGAAAUCUUGGGAUUUUUGGAUCGAUGGAUUUUGGGUGGGGUGAACCGGUUAAUAUUAUCCCGGUGGUCCCAUCGGAGUCGGCUAGGAUGAUGAAUAUAUUCAUGCGACCGUCGAGGCUGGAAUCGGAGAUGGUCGGAGGGGUUCAAGUUAUGGUUACAUUACCGAGAGCUGCAAUGGUUAAGUUCAAAGAAGAGAUGAAGGCUCUAGAGUGA